GGUUACGUAGUGAAAGUGUUGGGUCAUGUGAGGAGGGACCAAGCACACCCCAUCAGCCACCGCGGCGGCGGAAAUAGAGUCUACUCCGAGCUUGCGCCCUGCAGUUCUCGGUCUCUGAGAGCUCGGUGACGAGCCAUGCCGCCCGAUAGGAGCGUGGUGUCCAAGCGCGGCCAGGACUGGAACCGGGGCGGCAGCGUGCGCCGUGGUCGGGGCAGGGGCCUGGGCCGAGGCCGGGGUCGGAAUCGGGAGGUCUCCAAAACGGCUCGUUUGGUUCGGAAAAAGAUCUCUCCCCGGCCCGAUGGCGGACCUGCGCCCAUCUCCUCGGCAGACGAGCAGAGGCGGCUCCAGCAACUGCACCAGCUGACCCUGGGCGUCGACAAGCCGGCGAUCGAGCGGUGUCUGGAGGAGCUGGUGUUCGGUGACGACGCCGUAGACGAAGAGGACUUGCUGCUGGGGCGGCUGCGGAGCCUCGGGGAUGGUAUCCAUGAAGACUCUAGUGACUCAGAAGUGGAGAGUGAAGCAAGAAGUAAUAUUCCUUCCAAAAAGAAGCCAGCUUGGGUAGAUACUGAAGAUGAAGAUGAAGAAGAAAUUGACAUGACUCAUCGGUUUCGGAAAAAUAUGAUAAAAAAUGCAGGGGAAAAGAAACUCUCUAAAGACAAACUCCAAAGGAGACUUAAAGAGGAAUUUCAGCAUGCAAUGGGUGGAACACCUGCCUGGGCAGAAAUUAACAAGAAGAAGAUACAUUCAGAAGAUGAAAGUGAUGAGGAUGAAGAUGACCUCUUGAAAAGGACGGGAAAUUUUAUAACCACAUCAGCUUCUUUACCACGUGGAAUCCUGCAGAUGAAGAGCUGCUUGAAUGCAAAUGCUGAACGUCCUUCUUCUGCUAAGAUCUCCUCAGUGCAGUUCCAUCCUUGUGCUCAAGUUAUUAUGGUUGCUGGUUUGGAUAAUGCUAUAUCCCUAUUUCAGGUUGAUGGAGAAACAAAUCCUAAAAUCCAGAGCAUCUAUUUAGAACAAUUUCCUGUCUAUAGGGCCCGUUUCAGUGCCAAUGGAGAAGAAGUGCUAGCCACAAGUAAUCUCAGCAAGAUACUUUAUGUGUAUGACAUGAUGGGUGGAAAUAUAAUUCCUGUGCAUCAAGUAAGGGGUUUAAAGGAGAAGUUUGUCAGAAACUUUGAAGUAUCUCCAAAUGGAUCUUUUUUACUCUUAAAUGGUUCUUCAGGAUAUUUUCAUCUACUUUCAAUGAAGACUAAAGAAUUGAUUGGCAGUAUGAAAAUAAAUGGAAAGGCAGCUGCAUCAGCUUUCUCAUCAGAUAGCACAAAGAUAUAUGCCAGCUCUGUGGAUGGUGAAGUUUACAUUUGGGAUGUGAAUUCCAGGAAAUGUCUGAACAAAUUUACUGAUGAAGGGUGUUUGCGUGGAUUAAGCAUUGCUGUGUCUAGGAAUGGACAAUAUGUUGCUUGUGGUUCUAGUUCUGGUGUGGUAAAUAUCUAUAAUCAAGAUACUUGUCUUCGAGAAAGUAACCCGAAGCCAAUAAAAGCCAUAAUGAAUUUGGUUACUGGAGCUACUUCUAUGGUCUUCAAUCCUACCACAGAAAUUCUAGCUAUAGCUUCUAAUGAAACAAAUGAAGCUGCUAGAUUGGUUCAUCUACCUUCUUGUACAGUAUUUUUAAACUUUCCUAUGAAUAGAAUUAAGCAGAUUUUCCUUGCUCAAACGUUGGAUUUCUCUCCUAGAAGUGGAUAUUUUGCACUGGGAAACAACAAGGGCAAAGCCUUAUUGUAUAGGUUGCAUCAUUAUUCAGAUUUCUGAGGUGGGAGAUGGGUUUUUGCAGAUCCAGUUAAACUACAAAAGAAGUUCUUGUUCAUAUCUUUUUUUUUUUUUUUUACUGUUUUCUAAAUAUAUGUUAAUAAAUGGAAAAUAAAUUAAUAAAACAACUGUUCUUGUUUAAGUUAACAACAGUAUUGUCUUAAUCACAGUGACUUAGUCUGCAGUCCUCCUAAUUUUAAUAAAUGCACUUUAUCUCUAAAUGUGAGAAAAUAGAAACACCUGCUGGUAUUUAGGAGAAACAUAAGCAAAAGUCUAACCGUACAAUUAACUCUGCCUGUUAUUUUCUUUCUUUUAUGAAUGAUUGCCUCUCCUCAAGACCCCUGCUCCAACUCUCUUUUUCUUAGAAGAUGACCUAAUCUCUUAUUUAACUGAGGAGAUUGAGGUCAUCCUUCAUGAACUCCCUCAUCUUCCACAUACAAUUCCUCUAAGGCCUGUCCUUUUCCAUUCUGUCUUUUUUUUUUUUUUUUUUUUAAGUUCUAUAGGGUAAGAUAGCCCACUUCCAUAUGAAAACCAACCUUUCCACUUGUGGGCCCUUCAUCAUCUUUCCUUCCAUUUCCUUAGCAACCUUGCUCUAUGUAUCAUUUUCUGUUCUGUUUUCAUUUUCAAUUUCUCCUCUGCUAGCCCUUUUUCUUCUGCUUAUAAUCAUAUUCAGGUCUUUCCACAUUAAAAAUAAAAAAGCUCUCUGUGGACUUAGAUACUUUCUCACAUUGGCUUGCAGUGUCUCUCACCACAAUAUGCUAUGAAACUACUCCCUGACCUUUUAGUUAAGGAAUGCAGUAGCCUUUUCUCAGUUCUCAUCUUUUUUUGCCUUUUUGGCCAUUCAACCUCUACUGGAUACUUUGGCCUCUUUGCUUCUGUAAUACUGUUCUUUUCUGCUGGCUGCCCUGGCAAUCCUGUCUACUUCUCUAGUUUCAAUAAUUACCUCUAUGUAUGACUCUAAAGUCUUACACUUACACUUACUUUAUCCUUUGGCUCCAGGCAUACAUCUUCAAUUGCUUGUUAGGUUUCUUUAUGUAGCUGUCGCAUAAAUACCUCAAACUCAGCAUAUUCAAAACUGAACUCAUCAUCCCGUCUUUCCUAAUGAAACAACUACCUUCCAAGUUCCCUGUUUGUGUUGAUGGCACUUUAAUGUGCAAUAAAAGUAACAUUUUUUGUCUUCCCUUUUCUUUAAGCUUUCCCUAUCCCUUUUUCCCUUUCUACCUCUUUCACAUAGAUUUUAUUAUCAAGUCCUACUGAUUCUACUUAGUAUCAUUUUCUAGUAUUUCUGGUAUCAUUUAUAUUUCCUGCCACUUUCAGUAGAUUAUUCCAUUCAUUACCUCUCACCUGGGCUUAUGCAGUAGUGACCUCCUCAGUGCUUUCACUAACUCUAGGUAUUCCAGUCCACUUCAUACAUACUAACACCAUAAUUUUUAGACAGAAAUCUAACUAUGUCACUUCUCUACUCAAAAAUGUCUUUUCUCCAUUCUACUGGCUAUUGGAUAAAAUAUCAACUCAGUCUGGAAGACUGUUCUUCACAGUCUCCCCUGGACUUUGAUUUCCAACCUUAUUUGACAUUAUUUCCUUUUUAUGCAGUCUGCUUUCCAGCUCAAUUUGAUGACUAGAUAUUUUCUUAUCUUUCCCUGUCCUUUCUUCUUCACAUUUACACAAGUUAUCUCCCCAUGCCUUGAAUAUACACUCCUUUUUUCCUUCUCCAAAUGUUUGUAUAAGUUAUCUACUCAUGCUAUGAAUGUAUAUUCCUUUUUUCCCUAUGCUUGUUGAAAUCCUUUCUUUUGAUGAGCCAGCUCUUAUUUCCAUGAAACCUUUGAUUUUCCUCCUCAGCAAAUGAAAAUGAUCUUUGCUUUUCUUGAAUUGUCCUCUUACACUCUGGUUUUUUCUUUUGCUCCUGUUGCAUUAUCUUGUGUUCUACUUAUUAGUAUAUAUGUCUUAACUCUUUUGUUAGAUUGUAAGGUUUUUGAGAGUGAGAACAAGGAUUAUGGUGUUUUUCAUUUUUGUAUCCAAAAAGUUGCUAGUAGAUUUUGAAUGUUUAAACCAAAGUUAUUUGUUAGAAACAUCUAGAUGGUAUAGUGAACAAAAUGCUGAACUUGGAGUCAGGAAAGCCUAAAUUCAAAUCCUGCCUUAGAAACUUACAGUAAAUGACCCUGGGCAAAUCUUUAACUUCUUAGCCUCAGUUUUCUUACCUGAAAAUGAGGAUGAUAGUAGCACCUACAUCACAGAAUUGUCUCAGUUCAAAUAACAUAAAGCAUUUUGUAAACUAUAAAACAUUAUAGAGAUACUAUUGUUGUUAAAUAAACUAUAAUUAUACUGAAAU